CGCCAGACCUGCGCCCUUUCGUCUUCCCAUGCGCAAUGAUGGCGCCGCCUGACGCGACGCACCCUGGUGAAGCCACGUCAGCUCCCUCUCCUUCCUCCUCGCCUAUAUAAAGGCUUCCAUCCCCACUGCCUUCCUCACUUCUUCCCCGCGCGUCUCUCGAGUUUCACCGGUCAACUUCUCUCUGUUCUAGCCUCCUAGCCCUCCGAGUCAAGUAAGCUCUCUUCCUAUCAUUUAUUAGCUUUCUUUCUUCAUUUUUCCUCCCGGUAGAUGUCUUCCUCUGAUAGUCAAGGUAUUUCUUCCUCGGAUGCCUGCGCAUCCGAGGAAUCUUCAACCUCCUCUUCUUCGACCGGGUCCUCUUUGUCCAGUUUCGAGACCCGGUCAGGCCCCAACGCCACCGUCCCUGAACCGCAACCUGUUAACCAGGCGCCCGCCGCCACCACCCAUCCCUCGGCAAAGAGGAGGAGGGGAGAAAGCGUCCCGGCCACAGAGUCGCUAGAGGAGCUCUGGGUCAAGAUAGGGCAAAAGCUGAAAGAGAUGGGUGAGGUCGGGCCUGAAACCUUGGGGAAGCUCGUCGAAGGCUCCCCUUCCCGGUCACUUCAGCUGGAGGUAAAGCUGAAGAGGCUUGAAGCCCACAACCGGGAGCUUCAAGACCUGACCGCCCGGCAACUUGACGAGAUGGCCAACCUCUCGGCGGCUGCCGGUAGGGCUAACGCGGAGGUCCUCCAGCUGAAGGAGGAGAACUCGCUGCUGAUGGGGGAGGUCUCCCACCUGAAGGAGGAGGCAUGGGUGAAGGAGCAAGAGUUGCCUGGUCGGGCCAGACAGUGGAUGGAGGAGAACCUGGUGGAGGCCGCCCGGGUGCUUACCUCCUCUGAGGAAAGGGCAAUGGAGGGCUUCAAGUUGCUGUACCGGGAGGAGCAAGGGAAAGAGAUGAUUACCCAGAUCGGCUCCUACGGUUUCAUGUUCGGCCAAAAACGAGACCGGGAGGCCACCCAUGCGAUCCUUGCCGACCGGGAUCCGGACUUCAAUGUCGAAUCAUACGGUCUGGCCCCCAUCCCGGACGAAGAGCCUGCGCCUCCCUUUCCUCUUGAGUAAUCUUCCCGGCUGCGACCGGUUAAAUUAUUUUGGAAAACUUCAAACUCAUUUCCCCGGGAAUGCCCGGUGUAUCUGUAAACCCUUGAAUUUUUAAUUCGUCUGAAUGCAUUGUUUAAUUUCCAUGCCGGUUUAGCUUCCAUAUUUGCGUGCUUUUUGAUUGAUACUUUGAUCUUCGCUUCUUAGAACGCCAUCAUAGGAUAUCCGACCGGUAUAGUAAUCAAUCACCAUACUUCCU